UUCAUCAAGUCUUCAAUUCUCAAGUGUCAUAAUGGCUUCAUCAUCAUCAUCUUCUUCUUCUUCCAGGGUUUCUGAAAAAUAUCAUGUUUUUCUUAGUUUUAGAGGUGAGGAUACACGUGACAACUUUACAAGCCAUCUCUAUGCAACUCUGUGUUCAAAGAAAAUCAGAACUUUCAUUGAUGAUGAGCUUCGUAGAGGAGACGAAAUUUCACAAGCACUUUUGAAUGCGAUCGAAGAAUCAAUGAUCGCGGUUAUUGUUUUCUCGGAAGGUUAUGCCACAUCUAGAUGGUGCCUUGAAGAACUUGUAAAGAUCAUUGACUGCAAGAAAUCGAGAGAUCUGAUGGUAAUACCGGUUUUCUAUCGAGUAGAUCCGUCACAUGUAAGAAACCAAAAACGGACAUUUAGGGAAGCAUUUGUGAAGCAUGAAGAACGAUUUGAGCAGAGCUUGGAGAAGGUGCUGAGAUGGAAGAGUGCUUUGACAGAAGCAGCUGCUCUCUCUGGCUUUGAUUCAAAAAAUUUCAGGACUGAAGCUGCUUUAAUAGAGGAAAUUGUCAAAUCUAUCUUGGAAAGACUGAAUCAUUUGUCCCAAAUUGACAAUACGGGCCUGGUUGGAAUACAAUCAAGAAUCAAGAAAAUUGAGUCGUUAUUAUGUAUUGAGUCCGAAGAUGUUUUCAGAAGUGUAGGACUUUGGGGAAUGGGUGGUAUAGGCAAGACAACUCUCGCUGAUGCCGUAUUCAAAAAACUCUCAAGUGAUUUUGAAAGUGUCUACUUUCAAAGUAAUGUCAGGGAAGAGUCAGAAAAAUUUGGAUUAGUUCGUUUGAGUAAAGAACUUGUUUCUGCAAUAUUGGGGGACCAAAGCGCCAUUUUAGAGUCCGCCCUCUCUAAAAUUUGGCUUCACAAUAAAAAAGUUUUCAUUGUAUUUGAUGAUGUGACAUGUUCAUCACAAAUAGAAAAGUUAAUUGGAGGUCUUGAAUGUUUUGGUUCUGGAAGUCGAAUAAUUAUAACAGCAAGGGAUAAACAAGUUCUUAAAAAUUGUGGAGUGAGUCAUGAUAACGUAUAUACGGUUCAAGAAUUACUAUUUGAUCAUGCUCUUGAACUUUUUAGUCGUCAUGCAUUUAAACUGCAGUAUUCCCCCACAGGUUACAUGGAGCUGUCAUCAAGGGUAGUAGCAUUUGCUAAAGGUGUUCCAUUAGCUCUUAAAGUUUUGGGCGCAUCGCUGUUUGAAAAGACAAAUUCAGAAUGGGAAAGUGCAUUGCGUAAGCUUAAAAGAAAUCCAAAUCGAGAGAUUCAGGAUGUGUUGAAAAUAAGUUAUGAUGGGCUAGAUGAUCAAGAGAAAAAUAUAUUUCUAAACAUUGCAUGUUUUUUGCAACAUGUUCCUAGAAAGACUGUAAUAGAAAUCCUUGAUGCUAACGGGUUUGAUUCUGAGAUAGGAAUAAGUAAUCUCAUCGACAAGUCCCUUCUAACUAUAAAUGUGCUUGGUAGAGUUAGCAUGCAUGAUUUAUUACAAAAAAUGGGACAUAAAAUUGUCGAGCAAGAAUCUAGAUGUCCAGGCGAACGUAGCAGGUUAUGGCAUCAUGAUGAUAUCUACCAUGUGUUAAGAGGAAACACGGGAACUGACAAAAUUGAAUACAUCUCCUUGGAUUUUUCUAAAAUAAAAAAGAUCAACUUAAAUCGCAAUGCUUUUUCGAAGAUGCGAAGCCUCAGAUUCUUGGACUUUCAUUCGAGGCUUUGGUCUGAUGGUGGCUAUUCCAAUUACUGCGAAUGCUUAUUAUUGGAUGAAUACAGGGUUUGUUCAUAUUGUUUCUUGAAGGAAGACUAUAAGCUGAAUGCUCCGCAGGGCCUUAAAUUUGAUUCCACUUACUUAAGUUACGUUCGGUGGUUUAGAUAUCCGCUGCCUUCAUUGCCAUCAAAUUUCGAUAUGGAAAAUCUCGUUGCACUUAUCAUGCCUGGUAGCAAAAUUAAACAGCUUUGGAAUGGUCACCUGUAUUUAGAUAAGUUAAGACAUCUUAACCUCGCCCACUCGAAGGAUCUAAUUGGAAUUCCAGAACUUUCAAUGACCCCCAAUCUUGAGAGUUUGAGUCUGGAAGGUUGUACAAGUUUGAUUGAGGUUCCUUCAUCGAUUCAAUAUCUAAAUAAACUGGUUAUCUUGAAUCUUAAAGGUUGUAAGAGUCUUAGCAGUCUUCCCACCUAUAUUCAAUCAAAAUUUCUUCGAUAUCUUAUUCUCUCUGGUUGCUCAAGUCUUGAGAUGGCUCCAAAGAUCACAUGUUGUAUGGAGAGAGUAUAUUUAGAUGGAACAUCUAUAAUAGAAUUGCCCUUAACCGAAUGUCCAUCAAGACUAGAAUAUUUGAAUCUUGAAGAUUGUUCAAGGCUUGAAAGUCUCCCAAGCAUCAUUUGUGAGAUAAAGUCUCUUGGAUCCCUUUGUGUCUCGGGUUGCUCAAAACUCCAUAAUUUGCCCAAGGACUUAGGAAAAUUAGAAUCUUUGUUUAAACUUACAGCUAAUAAUACUUCCAUAAGAAAAUUACCAUGUUCCAUGUUAUCUUUGAACAAACUUAGGAUGUUAUGCUUGGGUGGAUAUAGGGGUGAAGAUCUGCUGGUGGAUUCAGUAUGGCCUUUUUUAUCAGAUUUGAGCUCUCUAGAAUAUCUAGAUUUGUCUGAUUGUCAAAUCACAAGGCUACCUGAUAGUCUUGGCCAGUUAUCCUCUCUAGAUAGUUUAAAUCUCAGUAGAAACAAUUUUGAAUGGAUGCCAUCAAGCAUCCAACAACUUUCUGAUUUGUAUUAUCUGGACAUAAGCUAUUGUUAGAGGCUUAAAAACUUACCAAAGCUUCCAUUUAAGUAUGGAGUGGUUGAGGCAUAUAAUUGUGUAUCAUUGGAGUCAUUUAAUGCUGAUUCAUUCUUAUCGGCGCAUAGCUUCAACCUUGGUAACUGUUCCAAACUGGAUCAGAAUAUUUUAAAAUCCAUGUCGGAAAAGGUAUAACUUCCAUACUCUAAAUUUCCUUUUUAUAAUGUCUUUUAUUUCAUAUUUUAACAUAUGCUGUUAAAUUAUAUUCUUGGCACAGGAACAUUAUUUAGAAGGUGAUUUCUGUUUCCCUGGAAACGAAAUUCCAGAGUGGUUCAUUUUCCAAAAUGUAGGGAGUUCUAUAACUCUUGAGUUGCCACCACUAAGUGCAAUUAUGAUUGUAGAUUCGUGGUUUACUGUGUGCCUUGUGGUAACAUUUCCAGAACUUGACAAAGCUCCCCAAUCUUUGGCUGUUGGUUUUAAGGUGAUUGGCAUAGAUGAAUAUGGUAAGAGGCUGGAGAUUGACGUGCUGAAAGGCGAAACAAAUUUUCAAGGCAACAGUCUUAUGUCAGAUCAUGUGAUCCUGACAACUUUUUACCCAUACUGGUGCCCCAGCCCCGAGUGGCACGAAAUAAAAUGGCGGUAUGUUAAUUUGGAUUUCAGUGGAGAAAAUUACAAUGUGAAGAAGUGUGGGGCCGAGUUUCUAAAUUGUCCUGAUCGUCAAUAUUAUGUUAGAAUUUGAGGUGGGUCUGACUCCUCACUCAAUAAGCCCUUGUUGAAUAGGAGGAUUACCUCUUCUUAUAAUCCAAUAGGCUUGAGCGUGCCUAGUCAAUGUGAGACUCCAACACUCUUCCUUAUGGUGAAGUCCCAAUGUUGGGUUAUGCCUGUUAUUGGAGGUAGUUGUUGGCUCCAACUCCUCAUCUGUUGAUCAAGCGUUCAACUCAACUGAACUUAGAGUCUGAUAUCAUGUUAGAAUUUGAGGUGGGUCUGACUUCUCAAAUUCUAACAUGUGAGACCAUUUGGUGCACGAGUUGGAGGAAGAGAAAGAGGAACCAGUACCCAAAAGACAGAAAUUUUAAUUCCUUUUAUGGCUGAUCGAACUCUCAAGUGAAGUUUUUGUUGUUUCUGAGUUUGUAAAAAAAAAAAAAAAAAAAAAAAAAACAUGUGCAAUGAAUUCAUCAGCCGUAAUUCUAUUUAUACAACCAUUAAUUUAACAAUAAUCAGCUGUGAUUUUCAACUCUCAAGUUGAUUGGAUACAAGAACAUGGAAAGAGGCAGAAAAACAGAGGAACAAAGAAUAAACACGUCAGAUUUUUUGUUCAGGCUUCUUUGCUGUGAACUUUUCCUUCAAAUCAACUUAAUGUUGCAAAAGACCAAAGUGGACGUUACCAUGAAGAUUUCUAAAGAAGUUCUUACAAGCUUGUUGCAAAUGGUGAUUUCAUUUCUUUUGGGUCCUCAGUAUUCAUAUAUGAAACUAUUUUAGCACAUGUUAGAGACGCUGCUUGAGCUACUCCAUCUCUGUCGUAUGAUUGAAUAAAGCUAAUAAGAUUGACCCACUACCUUAAUAUUCUGUGUAAAUGAGGAUAGAGUAUGGUGAUGAAUUCAGGUGAUGUGGUUUAAAAGUAUUCCAUCUUCUCUGUUUCUCGGAAAGUAGAUUAAUUAAUAGUUGAUGAUAUUGUACAAGCAGUGGUAAAGGCAUAGAAAUCCAUGAAAUUAAUAUGGUAAAACAGGGAAAAGGAAAGUAACAAAGUUAAACUCGAUCGAUCAAGGCUUUUGGUUACUCUUCAUCUUCUUUUUCAAAUUUCCAUAUGUUUAUCCUUUUGAUGCAUUAAGGACGCAGAUUCUUAUACAAACCAUUACAUAAUUUCGGAGAAAGGGUCCAUUUGGUAAUCCUCUCCGCAUACUAAACAAUGAAAUUUUGUCUCUUCUCAAUAUAAAUGAUGCAAUCUUUGAAUCUUGCUCCAUCACUUCCAAAAUGCUGCUUAUUGGGAAGAUGAAGUUUUCAUGAUUUAUUAAACAAUUUUGUGCAUUGGGAUAGAUAAAGUUCUGUAAAUGGAGAAGAUGGGGAAAAGAUGGCGGGGUCAGUUAAGAAUCAUUGGGAUUUUUAGUUUCUCUUGGAAUAUUUUCGUAACCAGCUAUAGCUUAUAUAAAUACAGAUGCUUCUUGGAAAACCCUUUACAUUUGGACUUCGAUUCCAGGAAGAUUGUACUGUAUACUAGUGCUUCCAUUUGUCAGUGAAUCUCCUCGAUGGCUUUUCAUUAAUGGAGAUGAAGCUGACGCCUUGACAGUUCUAAGAAACCUUGCAUGAUUUGUUGGUAAUUUAUGAAGAAAGACAACGUGAUUUAGGAAAUUGUAUAAAUCUUACUCGACAUUUCUCUACAAUAAAAGCUUUCUUGUCAGUAGAAGUAAACGUUUUCAUUAAUUUUGUCAGUAGAUAUGAACUUUAAAAUGGUAUAUAUCCGAGACAGAUUGUUGUUUGUUAACUUGGUACAGGGGUUGUUUUUUCUAGCUAUAUUUGAACCGCGUCAUUCUAAAAUUUCUCGGAAUUAGUAAGCCAGAAUUACUGAAAGUUCUCAUUUAAUUACAUAUGGAGGAUUCAUCAACUCCUCUGUUCUCCGUAGCCAACUCAGGGGAUGGUCAAGUAACAGAGUUUGACUCUGUUAACUGAAGAAAAGCAAGCUCCAACUCAAUCCAAAUCAUGAACUGAAGAAGUGCUCUGUCUUUAAGUUUAAAAGCAGACAAGAAACGACUUAAAAUGAAGUCGUAUCAAUUCUUUCCAGAAACGAAGACGUUUUGAUCUGAAGUGAAGAAUAAAAGAAUGAACAUUUUAUACAACACACACAUUUUGGUAAACUCAGUAAUUAGAUAAAGAAUAAAAGAAUGUUUAAACGAAAGAAGCAGAGCCCCUCAAGGCCCAAGAACCUGAAGAACACCAUCAGGCAAGGCAAAAGAGAGGAGUGGCAACAACCUCUGAACCAAAAACAACCCGCCAACACAGACCCGUAAGGGUUGACACAGAAAGCACCAGGAGCAACUGCACAAACCAAUCUGACGGCUCCAGAAACAUAAAUUUUUUUUUUUCCAGAAAUUACUGCGGACCAAGACAGCACAAAGAGCCACCAACCGAGCUGCAAAACACCACC